AUGGAUAAACAACUAUUUCAAUCAGUAUUUAUAGUCAAUUCAUAUACCCAUAGUGUGAUCAUCAAACAUGUACAACAAAUCAAUCGAUUGUUAUCAGCACCUUAUGAUGAUUACUAUGAUAUCUACGGGCGUUCUAUGCCGAUUGGAUACUACAACUGGUAUCAAUUAAUCGAAGAUCCUAUUCAACUUGCAAGACAUGGAUACUUUGAUCAACUACAAUCAACUAUACGAGCACUAGAACAAAAGUUUGCAAAGUAUAAAUGGUUUGAUGAUGACAAUGAAAAUGGUGAUGAAGGUGAUCAAAGUAAAAAAGAGAAACAACAACAACAACAACAACAACGUAAAUGGAUACCAAAUUUAAAAGAGAUCAUCAAAUGUAUUGCAAGAUAUCCUUUAAUAUUAAAGAGUCGUGGUGAUAUAAUAAACAAACAAUAUCAAUUUGAUGAUCAGAGUAUUGUCAAAAAGAGAAACCAAUUCAUUCAAGAUUUCAUGUACAAGAGAUAUGGUGUGGAUAACUUGGAAGAGUUUAUGAAGGCUUUAAUCAAAUGCUCUUUCAAAGUCAAUGAUUCAGAAGUCAUCAAAUGGAUUGAAUCAAUUAACAAUGACUGUGACGACAACAUACUCAUUGUAUUGGACAAGUAUAACAUCAAUCACAAUGUUAUCUCCAAGCACGGUAAUCAAGAUAUGGUAUACCAUUGCUUCAAAAUGUUUCAGUCACCUAGUUAUAAGAGCAUGCUCUUAACCCUUAAAGAUGAAGAAGUUGGUGCAUCAUUUGACAAUCGAUUAAAUGAUUUUUUCAGUUACAAGGAUGAAGAAGAUGAAGAUGAGGAAGAGGGAUAUGCAACAUUAAUCAGUAACCUUUUUGGUAAUGGUCAUAUGCCUACUCUAUCAUUAGGCACUCAAUACAACAUUUUAAAGAGAUCAAUUAAAACCAAUCAUCCUCGUCUCAUGGAGAUGAUUGAUUAUUUUGCUCAAGAUCCAUCGAUUAGUCAUUUACUCGUCACCGAGCAAAUAAUGAAUCUGCAGAAUCGGUCUGCUGGUGCAUUACAAAUCAUACGCAAAUUAAUCAGUCUUCAAAUCACCCAUGUUUCUUUGGGUGAGAAAACAAUGGCUUCAGCAAUUGCAAGAGGAGAUAUGGAACUUGUCGACUAUCUCAUUGCUCACAAAGUAGAAAUCAAUAUGGAGGUGGCAGCAAGAGUAGGCAACUUUGAAAUAUUAGAAAUGGGAAUCAAAGCUGGUCGCACAUGUUCAAAAUUUACAUUAAUGGAAUCAGGAUUCUUUGGACAAUUGGAAACAUUUAAAUGGGUCAAUGAAAGAUUCCCAUUACUACUCAAAGAGAUUGAAAUCGAAUCAUUUAUAACCAUGUUGCUUGAUAGAUUAAAAGAACAAGAAGAGACUACUAGUAAAGUCAACUUUGACAAGAUAUUGAAAAUGACGAUUAAGGAUGAUGAUGAUAAGAGUUUUGCUUUUGUUAAAAUAUUACAUCAGUUGGCCAUUGAAUGUGGAUAUACUUUCAAACCAACCUUUUUAUAUAUAUUCAAGGACUCAUGUAAAUCAGAGACUGAAGUAAUGAAAUUAUUCAAGUAUCUAUCAAUCGAUCAAGACCAUCAUAUCAAAUAUUUCGGUCAAGAUAUAGAAGCGCAUGUGGUGUCACUCGAGUACUGUAUCGGGUCUGGUUGGCUUGAACCUUCUAAACUGCUCAUUAAAAGGUUACACCAAAUCAGUGGUGGUUGUGCAAACACUAUAUUACAAGGUGAAUUGUACCUAUCCAAAUUUUAUGCUCAAGAUGUGGCCAUCAAAAGUGGUAAUAUCCCAACCAUCAAAUUUGUUCUAGACCAUUUUCCACUUGACAAACAACAACAAGGUCAAGAAUACUUGAUUAGAAAAUGUGAUGACUUGGAUCUAUUAAGAUUCAUCUAUGAAACAUUCAAAGAUCACCGUAAAAUGGUAUUCUGUCAUCAUGCAAAGAUUAGCAACCCAAGAGUUUUCAAAUAUUUGGUUGAAAAGAAUUUAAUCGAUGGUGAAAAGUAUCGGGGAAGAACCGAUGCUUGUCACCUACUCAUACACGCUGGGUUUGAUGCUAUUGCUUGGUUACUCGAUCAUGGUAAUGUCAAAGAAGAGCUAGAAUAG